GUCACUUGUUUUGACAUUCAGAGUAAAUGUCAAAUUGGUUAAAAAAAAAAUUAAGUUCAUUACACCUACUUAGGUCGCACAAUCCUUAUAUAAUAAAGUUUGUUAUGUUGUUUUAAAAACAGUGUUUUGCCGACUUAACUAAUAAAUAACCAUGACAAAAGUGUGUCGUUUGUGUUUGAUAAAGUUACAAAGAGGCUCAAAGUACUUCAACAUCAAUGCUGUUGAAUCAUUUACUGGGUUCAUGCCCUACAGAGACCAACUGACUACCUGCAUUCCCGAAAUGGCAUUAGACUUAAUUCCUAAUCCUGUGAUUUGCAAUAACUGCCGUACUGCACUGAAAUCAGCAUAUGACUUUAAAAAUAGAUGCCUGUUUGUUGAGAAAAAGAUCCAGAACUAUAUAGAAGGACAGGAUGGUCAUGAUGAAGUUAGCUAUGAUUUAUCUUUGAUAUCAUGUGAAGAUAUGCCUCCAUUCAAUAAAAUGACUUUACUCAUUCCACCAGUUGAUAAUGAUGAAGAUUCCAAUACUAUAGAAGCCGUAGAACCGGAUAAGUUUCUUAAGAUACAAAGUGAGGAGCCAGUACCCACAGAAUCAUUAGAUAAUACCACUGUAUCUGAAGAAUCAUUCCGUCCAUCCAUCCUCAAGAAGCCACACAAACCUCACAAACCUUACCCUAGAGGUAGAGUGUGCAAUAGGUAUAAAAGUGACGAAUUUGUUUGCAACUUCUGCAAUGAAGCCUUUGGAAGCCUACAGUUUCUUAGGAAGCACAACAGUGUAUGUUCAAAAUCUACACAAGAACCACCUAAAAAUAUAUUAACAAAGAGGCCACAUCUUCCCACUAAAGCCAAAAAUCAUUUGAAAAAAUGGCUUUUUAGGCAUACAGAUCAUCCUUAUCCCACAGAUCAAGAAAAACAAAGAUUAAUGCAGGAAACAAACCUCUCCUUACUUCAAGUAGAAAACUGGUUUAUAAACGCUAGGAGGAGGAUUUUACAGGAUCUCACCAGACUGAAAAGGAGAGGCUUUAGUGCAGAUUUUGUUAUUGCAGAAGACAUGUAUGCCUCACCUGUAGGUCUAGAAAUGGAUUACGAAGAGUUGGUGGUCAGCCAUAUAACAGAGAAACCUCAGUCAACAAGCGGUCCAAGUCCCGUUGAGGAAGUCAACUUACCACCACCUUCCGAAAACCUAAUCAAGGAGGAACUACAGGAGGAAGACAUUGAAGAGGACGAAAUAGAUCUGUCAAAAGUUAAAUGCGAAGUUCUUGAAAACCGGUAACUCUUAAGGAGAGUUUGUGAGGAGGUAAAAGAAGCUGAUGACUGAUAUUUUUAUAUUGAUGGGAAAAAACUGUGUUAUUUGUUGGCGAUGUGUAUCUAUUUUCUUCUAGUGUUCUAAUCUUGGGCUCUAAUAUGCAGGCGAUCAAAUUAUACCUCGGAGUUGUGAGAAGAGAUUCAAAAUUGCAAAUUUGAAUAUUAUUUUUUCUAAUUGAAAAGUUCAAAAUAAAGCACUAGGAGUUCAUUGAUGUGAACUGUUGCUGCGAAUAUAUAUUUUUUAUAUUAUAGCGAAUAAAGUAUUUACUUUUCGUGUUCUCUUAAGUCUCAGUAAAAUUCUGGCUCACUCCAGGACUCUUUUCUUGCUUUAGGUCUUCAUGGGUACAGGUUUGCUAUAUAGUGCAGUCACUGAAGGUGGAUAUGAGCUAUUACCUCCGAUUUCGUUGAACCUUCAUCGAUUUGCAUAAAAAUUGGUGAGUGGGUAGAGGAUAUCUCAAGGAACAAAGGUGACAUGGUGCCAACCCUUGCGCUUUAACCCUGGGGGCAGAGGCCACCUCUUCUCGGGGUGAAAAUUAUUUUAUUAAAAUUAACCCAUAAUUCGAUAGAGGAACAAAUUUUAAGCAAAAUUUGUUAUAUAAAUUUAUUAAAAUAAAUUAAAACUUUUUGAGUUAUUAAAGAUUAAAGAUUUAAUUUUUCGUGAGAAAAAUGCAUGUUUUUAAUGGAUUUUUCAUAAUUAACUCAAAAACUAUUAAGUUUUUUUAAAAAAGUUAUUAUUACCAAAAUUGAAACUAAUAAAAAAUGAAAUAAACUCCUUACUAGAAAAAUCUUUUAAUGUUAAUUAAAAGUGAGUUUAUAGGUAAUUGAAUGUAUAUUUUUUUUGUGAGUACCCAAAUCUAAGUAUUCAAGCUUAAAUAACGAGAAAAUGAUGCAUUUUAUAACAUAAACUUAUUUAACAUUUGUCAAAGUACUUAGAAAUAUCUAUCAAAUGAGCCCCGGAACAAGUUGAUAGUAUUAAAAUUUAUUCUCCAAAAAUUUUUCAAAAUUUAUAUUUUAAAGUUUUUUCCAAAAAAUGUUAUGUUUUUUUUAAUAACUCCGUUAAUUUUUACGAUAUCAGGUUUAGCUAAAAACGAUUUGAAAGUUAAUUACAAGGGCUAUGAAACCGGGUUGAAUUUAAUCUUUUAAACAUCUUAUUUUUUUUAAUGAAGGUUAAAUGGCCCCGGUUACAUGGUUCUCGCAGCAAAAUUUAAGCUUUAAACGUUUCUAUCUCGGUUAUUUUUUACCCUACAGAAGUAGUAAAAAGGUAAAAUAUUUGACACAGAAAAAACUAAAAUUUGGUUGUAUAUAAUUUUUUACGUAUAUUCAGUAUUUUUGGAGUUAUUAUCAAAAGAAAAUGAAAAUUACGAUAAUUUUAAAAAUUCCGAUUUUUUUGAAUUAUAUCUUUUUUUCAAAAAUAUGAAUUCUAAACAGGUCAAAAUUGUUUAAAUCAUUACUUGGGCUAAUAUAAAGAAAUUAUUGUAAGGAUUGCUAUACAUUUUAAUUUUUGUGGAAAUGACGUAUGCUUAAUUUUUCACUUUUUCCUAAAAAAUUCGAAAGGGUUAUAUUAUUUUUAUCAUAACUUGGUUAAUGUCGAUGCUAUUAAUUUCUUCUUUAGCUCAUUUGAUAGAUAUUUAGAAGUAUGUACUUUAAUAAGUGCUUAGCAGGUAUAUUUUAUAAAAUGCAUGGUUUUCCCGUUAUUUAAGCUUGAAUACGUAGAUUUGAGUACUCAUCGAAAAAAAAAUAUACAUAAAAUUACCCAUAACUCACUUUGAGUUAACAUAAGAUUAGUUAUUUAAGUAAUGAGUGUAUUCAAUCAUUUAUUAUCUUCAAUUAAUUAUAACUUUUUUGCAAAAGCUUAUAGUUUUUGAGUUAUACGUGAAAACAGCUUUAAAACAUGCAUUUUUUUUAAAAUCAAAUUUUUUAUCUUUAAUAACUCAAAAAGUAUUGAUUUAUAUUAAUAAGUUUAUAUAACGAAUUUUGCUUAGAAUUUAUCCCUCUAUCGAUUUAUGGUAUUAUUUUUAAUAAAAUAAUUUUCACCCCCGAGAAGGGGUGGCAUCCACCCCCAGGGUAAAAGCGCAAGUUGGCAUCAUGCCACCUUUAUUCCUUGACGUAUCCGCUAACCACUCACCAAUUUUCAUGAAAAUCGAUUGAGGUUCAACGAAAUCGGAGGUGAAAACCUUCAAUGACUGCACUAAUACUGUUUAGAGGUUUCCACAUAGACAAAGGUAAGUUUCAUCCGGUAGAUAGUUCCUCCUUACAUUGUGUAGAGGUUGUGCCGGCUGCAAAGUUCUCUCUUCCGUUCGUUUGUUGAGGUCUCCAGCUAUUUUGUGUGACGUGGGAAGCCGCGACGUGACUCCAGUCGGGUGGGUUGGGUUGUUCAGCGUCAUCAUGCAAGGGGUGACGGUGGUAUUUGGUUUGCUUGCCAUUCUCAUGGAGUAUAUUUUAAGGACUGGCGUAGGUGACAUGUGGAUGAGCACUCUAAGUAGUAUGUGUCAGUUUCUUCAGGAUAUUGUUUUGUGACAUACAAUAAACUCAAAUGGAUAAAAAGUUGGACACUAUUUCGUACAGAUUAACCCAAUAGGAUGUUCUGUUCUUAAAUGAAAAUUAAACGAAGAAACCCAGAUUUAAAUACGUCCAGAAUGCUACUGGUUUUCAGGUGUUUUGAAGAACCUUUUAUGUUCUUUACUCUCUUUGCAUCUCACUUAUAUGCUCUCACUGUAUCUAGUGAUCUUGAACUUUUUUCCCUUCUCCGAAAAUGAUGUACCUUGUCCAGCGAUGGCUGUGUCGUCUGCGUAUAUGAAUUGUUUUGUUUAAUGAUAUUAUGGCUGGUCGGUUGUGUAUACGUUAAUAGCAAGGGAGCCAGCACACUUCGUUGGCCCAAGCUGUUCUUCUGGGUUUUCCAGCGGCUCUUUUGACUUUGGAGUGUUACAUAAAUCUGACCGUUUUGCAGUAUAUGUACAUUGUAUAAAGUUGUUUCAUUUGAUGUCUUUUGAUACUCUGUACGUGUACAGAGGAGACCAAUUUUUUAUGGUUUACUGUGUCACACUGCGGAAAGGUCCAUGGACACCACCCCCCGAUAUCUGCUUUCUUUUAAAGUCGUCUUCAAUAUGUUGGGACCCAUUGAGGAUCUGGCCACAGCAUGAUCGGCCAGGACGGAAACCACCUUACUCCCAGAGCAGAGUUUCGUCUAUGCUUGCCUGUAUGCGAUGUAGACCAUACGUUCCAUGCUUUUGAAAAGAUGGCAUAACAUUGAGAUCGAGCGAUAACUUUUAGCUUUCGAUGGAUUCUUUCCAGGUUUGAGAGUUUGAGUAGAGCGCCGAUAUGAAAUUUCCUCUACAGUUUUGGGAUCUUUGUGGAGUAACACGCAACUUUUGAUCAAGUCCAGUAUCCAUUGAUUUGUUACUGGGCCGAAUUGUUUGAUUUGUUCAGAAUUUUUGGAUUUUGAUUUUCUGUGGCCUUGUGCUGGGUUUUACAUAAUGAUACCAGUUGGUGUGCAACCUGGUUAGCAGUCACAUUGCCUGUUUGAGUUGUUGCAUAUUUUAAAUAGACAUCACAAAUAAAAUCGGAAACAGAUUAAAUUGAAUCCAUGCAAGACGAAGAAAAUAUUUUUGUGUACUUUUAGGUGUUUAAAAUUUGUUUUUCGUUUUGGCGAUUAAGUUGAUUUUAUGAUGCAUUCAGGUAGACUUCAAAGACACGAAAACACUCAAAGGAGAAAGUGUAUGGAUAGUGAACCUGUCCACAAGUCUGCGAUUGCAAUAGUCAAAACUUUUGGCCUAGCGUUCUAUUCAUCCUUUGCAUCAUAUUUGAUUCCCAGUAAGUUUCGAUUAAAACAUUUAGAAGAUAUUCUAUAACACAGUUAUUCCUUUUUUCUAUACAUGAAACACAUUGAAGGUGUUUUUAGACAAAGUUGCAAUUACCCGAUUUCUACAAUUGCCUAAAAUGAUUUAUUAUUAAGUAAAAAGUAGCAUUAAGCUAAACGCCACUUUUUUUUAGAGUGUAUAUGAAUUUAAUCUUUUUUUAUAAACAGAUUGGUACAGAUACUAAUUAUUGGUAGUUGUGGUGGUUUCAGGUGUUAAUAAUUUCAUUGUGAUACACAAAGAACAGAAAAUAUUUUGAUGGUUGUUAUAUAUUAUUCAGUAUAUUUUUGUUACAUUUUCACUAAGAACGACAUUGAAGCCUAGCUUUUUUAAAUAUUUAAAAUAUUAACUAUAUAUUGUCAUGGUACAUUUUUCAUGUACCUACAUGUUACAUGUAGAAAUAUAUGGUAACUGUAAAACUCUCCAUUUAAAUGAAUAAUGAACCUAUAAAAUCUGUCAAAAAAUGUUACGAUCAAAUAAAUAAUUCUUGUUAGGUCAUCUGGAAAAUAGGAAAAUCUGAACGAAAGUGUGAUAUAGUAAUUGCUAUCUAGGAAGAACCAACGGCGCAUACUUAUUCCAUUUCCGACUUCUGUCGAGAAGCCAUUGAUAAGUGAUAUUCUUAACGAAGUGUCGAGGCGAAAUUGGUGUCAACAACUUUCGGACACGAAAAUGCUAAUCCGCGUUACUUCUUCCUGUUGGCAUGUAUUGUAUUUCCGUUCUAAGUAAAUGUGUCGAUUAAGAAGCUGGUUUCUAUUUGUUAUUUUUUAUAUUAUUGGUUAAAGUUUUCGUAAAAAAAUAUUUAACUGUUCUUUGUAAAGCAAGAAAUGAUAAAAUGUGCUUCAUUUAGAGUUUUCUGAAAUUAACAAUCCAGAUAAAAUAACUAGUUACUUCUUAUUGUCAUAAUUUAAAACGACAGUUAUCUUCUUGCAAUAUGUAAAAUAGUGGUAGCAUAAACUUUGUUGUUGGUAUCAUGUGACGUCACUUGCUACGACGCGGAUGUCGUGCAUCGGGAUUUAUACUGUACCAACUGUAUGUAGCUACACCAAAGGUUUUUAGACUGAAACUGUAUUCCUUGGUAAUAUCCUUAUGUCGAGAAUCGACAUUUUUUAUUAAAUAUAUUUAAUGGGAAUAAACCGCAAUUUUAAUUAAAAAUACUUUACAUUUUGUGUUUCGACCUCCGCUUCAGAAAUCGUACUCAAAAUUUCCGAAGUGGAAAUCGGAACGUCAAAUAUAUUCAGUAUUUCUAAUAUUGUGGUUUAUUCACAUUAAAAUAUAGUAGUCAAUAUAAAAAAUUCACAAGAAAAUACUUUCUGAAUCAGAUUUUUUAUUAAAACGACUCUAAAUGUUGUACCCAUUUUCAAAUAUACAGUACUAAAAUUUUUCUGUCUGCCAUGAGAGAUCACAGAAGUAUUGCAAAUUUCAUUGAAUCAUUGAGUCAUCGGAUAAUGAUCGAGAUUCUGGUAAACCAAAAUAAAAAAAUAUUCUUUUAAAAUAAUAAGAAAUAGGUAGCCAAAUUUAUCCUUCAGAUUCAAUUUAAUUCAAUGUCUUCGUUACAAUUCACCUUCCUCUUUAACACAUUCGCUGCCACUGACGCCAAAAGACGUUUUGUGCUACUUGAGUCAGGUGCCGCUGACGCCUUUUGGCGUUCAUAACUUGUGGAAUUAAAUAGGGUUCUUUUCGUAUUGGUUCCAUACGAAAGUGACUGAAUAUUAGUGGCAACGAAUGUGUUAAGUGCCCAAUCGGAGGUUGGAUAUCAUCAUCACUAUCUUUAGUCUAACUACUGCUGCUUCAAUAGCACAUCUCCCAAAUGUAUGUUUGUUUGUAUCUUUUUUUCUUUGAGAAUUCACACAAUUCAUACAAUUCACUUUUCGAAGUAUCAAAAAGUAAAACGUACAAACCGUUCAAUAAAGACAGCUGUACCUCGAAUGUAAUCGAGCAACUGAAAAAAUAACGACUUUGGCUGAAUCACGAUACAGAAUGCUGCCAACUGCACUGCGAUCUGUUAUUAACGUUGCCACCUAUUUCGAAAAUCUUGAAUUUUAAUGAUAAAUUCUGUAAUUUCAGUGUACUCUGAAAACAGUGUUUCUAACUCUCUCUAUCAAUUCGACAAACAGAAAAAUUUAAACACAGUAACUGCUACAAGUUUGUGAUUUCAUCUAGAACAUACAACUAGAAGUAUGUACGUUCUAACCUAAGUAGUUAUUUCACUAUGUUUUAUAUAGUGACUUAAAAAGUAAUAUAAACUUCAUAUUUGAAUGUAUAUACGUUGUAGUUUAAUUUUUGUACAUAUUAACUGUUUGUUAAAUAUAUUUCUGGAUCAUUUCACUACCGAGUGUCAAAUUCCGGACAUGGUCAAUUCAAAUAAAAAUUUAUUUUUAUUUUCCACAUUACAUUUAAAUGUAGAAUAAUAUACAGUGCUUUCAGUAUUUAUUUAUAUAAUUAUUUUUAUACACAGAUUGUUAAUAUAUUUUUGUUUUACCCCUUUAUUUUCCAAAACAAAAAAACGCUUCAUAUUUUUAGAUUAUAUAUUAUUUUUAUGUUUUUAAUCGAUUUAUACCCGAUCGAUUUAUAGGAGAGUUCUCUAACUGUUCACAAAAGUAAUUUUAUCUACUCUAUCUCAUAUUAUUCAUACGUUUUUAGUUUGUGAAAACUGUCAUUAUAGGUAGCAGUGCGUGAAGGAUUUAAAGUGUGCGUGAGGUAACAAUGUAUUUUAAAUGGGGUUUACUUUUUCGCACACUUUCAUAACGAGCGAUCCACAAUUAUUGGGAUUAUAGCUAGCCGUGCAAAAAAUUACUUACCUAUGUCUUGUUUUAAUCUGAAUUUAUAUCAUUGGUUUAUCAAUUAAUUUUGAUUAACAUUAUAAAACAUAAAAAUUCAGUCAAAACCUUUAACACAGAACUUUAAUCAAAAAUAAAAAGAUUUAACAAAACAAUAAUAAAUAAAAUAAAACAAUAUGCUGUAUAUUUAUGUCCACCACCAACAUCUCUACAUAACCUAACUGUUCUUAAGUUGACGUACACUGCAAAUGUGAGGUAAACUGAAAAGUAUAUCUGAAUUAAGAAUAGACAUGCACUGUAUAGCUAUCUCUGUCGUUAUAAUCAAAUAUCCUUAAUUCGCGUUGUCAUGGUGAUGACAUUUGAGCAAUAAAUUACAACAAAAGUUUUGACAGUUUUGUGGUUUGAAAGAAGUUAGAAUUUUUAAAUGUCAAAGUUCUAUAAAUUGUAGAAUAGAAAUGAAUCCCAGUGACGAAGAGUUACAGUUUUUUUAUUUGUUUAUCGUAGAUAAAAUAUUGUAUGAAACUGUGCGUGAAGUACUUUUUGCGAAUUUACGCGAUGUAUAGCACUCGCUCCGCUGUCGCUCGUGCUCUAAAUAUCGCGUGCGUUCUCAAAAAGCAUACUUCACGAACUGUUUCAUAAAUAACUAUUGUUCCUAAUUCUACAUUGUAUAUAAGUGAUUUUGAAAUAUUUUUGCAGUUUUUUUUAAUUGUAAUGUUUCAUAUAAAAAAAUCACGUGAUCAAUAAUAGCGACUAUGGCGAAUAAAAAUGUAGUGUAUCGUAAACAGUAUAUUUGUAAUGCAAAAAAAUAAUGCAUUAUUUUAUAACCAUUUCUUGGUACGUAUCUACAAUGUAAUCAUAAUAUCAUUGACGGAAAAUCGUGAUGUUAUCAAAGAAUGAACUAAAAAAUAUUCUUUUUAUUUCUUAUUUAUUUAAUUUUAUGACUAGGACAAAAGUAGACAUUUGAACUUUCUUACGUUAUAGUCUGUGGCAAAUAGACUUUGUCUGAUGCCAAACACACACACACUUUGUUAUUUAUUUUUUCAAAGUUUAUUUCUUUAUAGAUACGAAAUAAUGUUGAUGUUAACCAAUUCUUGAUGUUUUUGGAUCUUUAUAAGUAAUACAUACUCUUUUAUUUAGACGUAACGGGUAUUAUUAUUGUUGCAUAUUUCCUUUUUACCUACAGUAUCUCCCAAAAGGCUCGGCGACCGGUUUGAAGUUGUAAAUUCAUUCUUGUAUCUGGUAUCAUUGCUCACAAAUACAGGGACGCUCCAGGAGGAGAUAAAACAUACAUAGACAUGGUCUAUCCAAGAUCGCUAUUGAUAUCAGCACGUUUAUUUGUAGGCGCCAUUUUGAAUUAUAUUUGAUAGUUCCACACCUUAUUGGAGGAAUCAAUUUAUUUAUUCACUAAUAUUCGUUUCUAUUAUUUUUUUAUUUAUGUUAUUUUAUUUUCGCAUUUGGUGUUAACGUUUUAAACGAAUUUAUUAAUAAAGUCAAUAUAAAGAAUAUAAUCUGAAGGAUAUUUGAUACACUUCAAAACUUAUACCUCAUAUAUAAAUAAAGAGAACUAAAAAUAUGAAGCUAGUCCUUCUAUAUGUACUAAAAUUCUACGCAGCUAUAACCGUACGAAUACAUUAUCUGUAAUGUUAAUAUAUGCUAAUCAGUUAGGCAUACGAGCACGAAAAAUUGAUUUUUAAUAUUGUUAGUUUUCUAGUAGGUACUACCAAACUAAAUAAAAAGUUGUUGUCUACCUAUUGGAAGGUCUCUUCGUUUCAUUUCUAGAUAAUGACAGAGCUAUACAAGCGUUUUUAAAAACCCAAUGAUUCUAGAUUGACCCAACUCAGAAAAGACUAGGCAUUCAUUCACAGCGGGAACUAUAUAUCAGUCUAAAGUCUAGCAUGUGCUGACGACGUGUUUAUAUAUCUAGGGACAUCAGUUAACCCCAAUAAUAACACAUCAGGGGAAAUAAAAAGGCGCAUUUUAAUUACAAAGAGGGGGUAUCAUGGUCUAUCAACGUACUUAGUUAACAAACAUCUGUCUCAAAAAUCACGUAUAAGACUAGAACACUGAUAGUCCCCGUUCUCACAUAUGAAUCAGAGGCAUGGACCCAAAACAAAACAGGCAAAUCCUCCCUAUCGAUUUUUAAAAGAAAUUGCAAGACAUUAGGAGCGGUCUGUGAGAACGGAAUAUGGAGGUGUAGACUUAACUUUGAACUUCAGAAUAUUUACAAGCAUAAGUUUGGUGGAAAAUAUAUUACCAUUACAAUCAAGCGAAACCGUAUGCAGCGGGCAGGACAUAUGUAGCCCGGGCCACGGAAUCGAACAUAAUAAAUAUAACAACCGGUGGGAAUGCUUGAGAAAGUGAAAGCCCUUAAAGGGCUGUAGCAGCAUGAUGGUGGUGAUUCAUUCCCAGCGCAAUGUUUGUUAUUGCUGAGUAUUAGUUCGUGUUUUUCUAGACUUUCUGUCCUAAUAGAGAUAUUUAAAAUAAUAAUAUAAAAUGCUAAUAUGGCUAAUAAUAUCUAUUCCGCUUUUCCCUAUUUUAUAAAAAGUAUCAUAUUUUUUUAAAUAAUUUCCUUUUGAUUUAUAUUGAUUUUCUCAUAUCCUUUGAAAGGUGACUCUACAUUUUGUUCCCAACCAUGAUAUAGAAGAAUGGCAAACGUUAACUGUGCUAGCUUAUUAGAGGCGUGAAAUAUUAUGUCACAUUUUAACGUUUUUUUUUACUUUUUUAUCUCUAAUCACAAACGGGCAUUUUAUGCAUAGUUUCUGAUCAGGUUUCAAUUUAACACACCUUUUGAUAAUUGAACGAUCUAGUUAUCAUAUUAAGAGACCAAGUUGAAAAUUCUUCGUCUUGUGUAUAGUGUCAUUAUUACAAUAUUACAAGCAAAAAAACAAAAUAAAAUAAAAACUACUCAGAAAAAGUUUAGCUAGAAAUGUAAAUGUAUAUACAGCGUGUCCAAUUAAGUCGGCAUCAUAUGGGAAACUUUUUUAUUCUUAGUUUUAUGAAAAAAGUUAUUCUUUACAAAAAGUUGUGCAAGGUCUAAAACUUAAAAUACAACCAUCAGUUAUCAAUUUUUUUAAGCCUGUCGCAAAUAGUGUGAUGUUAUUGCCUCUUUGGUUCUAAUUAAUUAGGAAGAAUAAAUACGUCUUACUAUACAUUGUACUUUAUUCACUGGUACGACCAACAUGUAAAUAAUAACAUUAAUGAUUCAUAACGCCUCGCCUUACUACAUACUAAGUUGAUAAUUAUUUGUCUCUCCACAUACUGAUUGCUCAGCGUGUUUUUAUACCUAUCUAAAUCAUAACAGAUAUACAGUUAAGUCCGCGAAUCUUUACCCGUGCGUCAUCAUUUAAAGCAUACGAAAUAAGUCGAUGAUAGGUCGGAAAUUGAAAUUUACUAAACGUAACAUCAAGUCACUUACUGUCACUUGCUGUUGCGUUUAGUAAAUUUCAAUUUCCGACUUAUCAUCGACUUAUUUCGUAUGCUUUAAAUGAUGACGCACGGGUAAAGAUUCGCGGACUCAACUGUAGUUCAAGUUCACGCAUAUUAAACAUUUGAUACAAAACUAUAAACUAUUGUUUUUAUGUCUGUUCAAUACCCUAAAGGUUAAUAACAUCAUAUUGAAAUUAUGAUUUAUACAGAGAAUUCAUAUUAUACUACAAGCCGUAUACGAGGUAUGUUAAAAAAUAUGAAUUUUAGUCAAGAGUAAAGUAGCUUUAUUUUUCACAAUAUUGAAAAUUGUUAUAAUGAAAAGUUGUUUGAAAUUAAGAACUAUAUUUUAAUAUGCAAUUUCAUCCUUCUAAUUGAAAAAGAAAUAUUUGUUUUUUAAUUAUGGAUAACCAACAUUAUUUUCAGUUAUUUCAAUUAUUAUUAUUAAUUUUACGAAAAUAGUAAUUCUGUAUAAAAUGUUCUGCAUGGUCUAAAACCUAAAAUAAAACCAUGUUAUAUCAAAUGUCAAUUUUAUACGCGGUAUAUAAAAAAAAUAUGAAUUCGCUUAAGAGUACUUAAAUAAAAUACCGUUAUUUUUCACAAUAUUGAAAAUUGUGAUUAUGUAAAGUUGUAUAGAACUAAAAAUCAUGUUCCAAUAUGUAAUUACAUCCUUCUUAUUGAAAUAUUCUGAACUAUAAAGGUACUUUAUUCUUGAUCGAAAUUCAUCUUAAUUGACAUACCUCGUAUAAAAUUGAUCAAACUUGAUAUUAGAUGGUUGUAUUCAAGGCUUUUGACCAUGCAGAACUUUUUACAAGGUAUAUAUUUUUUCGUAAAAUUAAUAAUAAAAGAGUUAUCAUAAUUAUUUAAAUAACGGAAAAUAAUGUUGGUUAUCCAUAAAAAAAUUCUAAUUUUUUUUUCAAUUAGAAGGAUGAAAUUGCAUAUUAAAAUAUAGUUCUUAAUUCCAAACAAAUUUUCAUUACAAUAAUUUUCAAUAUUGUGAAAAAUAAAGCUACUUUACUCUUGAGUAACAUUCAUAUUUUUUAUAACAAUAACAAUAACUGAGGGUUGUGCAUGGUCUAAGUUUUAGACCAUGCACAACUUUUUAUAAAGAAUAACUUUUUUUCAUAAAACUAAGAAUGAAAGUUUCCCAUAUGAUGCCGACUUAAUUGGACACGCUGUAUAUAAAACAACAAAGACAAGUAUACUCGAUAUACUUUUGCAAGACAUAUAUCGCAUAUUAUAUUUUUCCUGUACUGCGUGCUUAUUUGAUUAGUAUAUAUUCCUUAAAGGACAUAGUUAUUGUUCCUGCUUAUGAAUUCUUUGUAAUAUAUUUAAUAUAUGAGUAUUUUUUUAUUUAAAAUAAAAUUAUGUUUUUACACAUGAAAUUGUCUGUUACUAAUAUUAGAUUAAUUGUAAAUAUACGAUAUUCCUUUUU